AUGCUCUUCAGUCAACCAACCUAUAUCACCCGCGCAGAUGAGCUGCGGUCACCUCCUCCUAAGGGCACGCCCUACUCGGUGGCCCUGCCUGGGAGCGAGAAGCCGGGCCGGAGCAAAGUGUACCGGGCGUGGAAUAUGCAGAAGGAGCUUCUGACGACGCUCGAUCCUCAGAUUCUUACCGCACAUGAUAUGUUCGAGGCUUCUGGUAAAUUUACAAAGCCACCUGGAUUAGCAAUCCCGCACUCGACUGACAGGAGGGCUAUUCAGCCAGCAGAUCGCCCAAGAGCCCGUGCCUCGGAUGGCGUCCGUACGACCCCAAGACGAAGAAGUUUGGUCCCUAUCAAUGGCUCGACUACCAGACCGUCCAGAAACGGCGAGCGAACUUUGGUGUUGGUCUCGUGGAGGUGCACAACAAGCAUGGAUGUGGUGGGCAGAAGUAUGGGGUGGGCCUGUGGUGUCAGAACAGACCCGAAUGGCAGAUCACCGCUGUACUAUUCAGACUUGGCGUGCAUGUCGCAGUCUCUAUUCUCCGUAUCGAUCUAUGACGUCUUGGGCCCGGACGCAGUUGAAUAUAUCAUCAACCACGCUGAGCUCCGCUGUGUCGUGACGUCGCUUCCCCAUAUUCCCACGUUGCUUAAGCUCAAGCCCAAACUCCCCAACCUAAAGAUCAUCAUCAGCCUGGAUCCGAUCGAUGCGGGAGAACAACCUGGCUUAUCGAAACGUGCGCUCCUGGAGUCGAUGGCGGCGGGUCUGGAUGUCGUCUUCUACACCAUCGAUGAAGUGGAGGCGAUGGGUGCCGCUCUCAACCGUCCCUACAACCCGCCUUCCCCCGAGGAUAUCUUGACCAUCAACUAUACAUCUGGUACCACGGGCCCACCCAAAGGCGUCGUUCUCACCCACAAGAAUGCGGUGGCCGCCACGUCCUGCAGCAUGAUUAUCAACAAACACUACCCUGGCGAUGUUAUAGCUUCCUAUCUCCCUCUUGCGCACAUCUAUGAACGCCUGGCAGAGCAUGUGAGUCUGUGGUCCGGUGGAGGGAUCGGAUAUUUCCACGGGAAUACCCUCGAGCUCGUCGAUGACUUGAAGCUGCUGCGCCCAACGGUAUUUGCGUCUGUUCCCCGUCUCUACGCUCGGUUCGGUGGUGCGAUCCGCGGCGCAACGGUCGAGGCCCCCGGCUUCCGAGGCGCUCUGUCACGGCAUAUCGUCAGCAUGAAGACGGCAAAUUUGAAAAACCCGGACCUCAGCAAGGCCACCGCGAAACAUGCUUUGUAUGACCAAGUCUGGGGGAAGAAGGUGGCCAGUGCCCUGGGUUUGGAGCGGGCCCGGAUGCUUGUCUCGGGCUCUGCGCCGUUGGACCCAACCCUGCAUGACUUCCUGAGAUGCGUUUUGGGAAAGGACUUCAUUCAGGGAUACGGUUUGACCGAAUCGUAUGCUAUGGCGACCGUGCAGCACGCGGCUGAUCUCUCAUCCGGAAACUGCGGCGGUAUUGCGCCCGCACUUGAAGCGUGUCUGGAGUCUAUCCCAGAGAUGGAAUACUCCGUUGACGACAAGCCCUACCCACGCGGGGAGCUGCUGCUUCGCGGCAACACCAUUUUCCGAGAAUAUUACAAGAAUCCCGAAGAGACGGCCAAGGCGAUGACUGAAGACGGCUGGUUCCGAACCGGCGACGUGUGUACCAUCGACGAGUUGGGUCGCUUCAAGAUCAUUGACCGUCGGAAGAAUGUCCUGAAGCUCGCUCAGGGAGAAUACAUCUCGCCAGAGCGUCUGGAAGGCAUCUUUCUGGCUGAGCAUACGUAUUUGGCCCAGGCGUACGUUCACGGCGACAGCCUUCAGACCUCUCUGGUCGCCAUUUUCGGUGUUCAGCCCGACGCCUUUGCUGCCUUUGCGAGCAAAGUUCUGCAGAGGACCAUCGAACCAUCAGACACGCAGGCGAUCAAGGCGGCUCUCCAGGAGGACAAGAUCCGGAAGGCCGUGCUGAGGGAUCUUGACCGGACGGCAAGGAAGCACAAGCUGGCAGGGUACGAGAGGGUCAAGAAUGUGGCUCUGAUGCUCGAGCCGUUUUCUAUUGAAAACAAUCUCCUGACACCGACGUUGAAAUUGAAGCGUCCCCCGACGGCGAAGAAAUACCGUCCUGUGCUGGACGCCCUGUACAGUCAACUUGCUGCCGAAGAAUCGGCUCCGAAGGCCAAGCUCUGA